AUGGAAGCAAUAGGAUUAUGCGCAUUAGGAUUGACGGGCGGGAUGUUCAUCGCGAGCAGAUUGAGGGGUAAAGCAGCCUCAUCGAAAUGGGCAGUGGGUGGAUUCCAGAACAAGAUGGACAAGAAGGAGGCGUUACAAGUACUAGGCUUGAGAGAGCAGUUGGCAAACACGCAGAGAAUCAAGCACGCUCACAGAUCAAUUAUGCUUGCCAACCAUCCUGAUAGAGGUGGAUCACCGUUCCUCGCCAGUAAAAUCAACGAAGCUAAGGACUUAUUAGAAAAACAAGCCAGCAAAUAG